GAGUUCAAAGCGAAGAUCAGCAGAGAUGAUUGCCACAACGGUUUGUUUUUACCUGGUGCUUUUGGCCAUUCUCAUGGCGUUCCUGUCUCCCUCGGCAGACGGUUGCUUCAUCCUGCUGGCGUGCCUGUUGAGGUCACCAUACUGUCCAUACAACACGACCUCGUCCGGAUGAUAGAGUAACUUCUUGUGUUGCCCUAUUCCACAUCCAAUAAAUACGAUUAUGCAUUAUAAAAAUA